AUGGCGUUUGUGUCCCUGGAUGACGAUGAAGCCCUCAAAGGUCAUGUUCAUUUUCAUAUGCGCUUCAACCAAGAGGGCUUCGGUAGUGUGCCGGACCUCACGCUGCGGGAAUUCCCGCCUCCGUACGUCGAGGACCCGAAGCCAGAGCAGGGCGCCGCGGAGAAUGGCCCCAAGAACGAGGAGCUGCUGGGAUAUGUCACCGGCUGGAAGCUCGUCGGCAUGAUCAUGUCCAUAACAAUGGCUUGUUUUCUUGUUUUGCUUGACAUGUCGGUCAUUGUGACGGCGAUACCGGAGAUCACGACCUACUUCCACUCCUUACCAGACGUUGGGUGGUAUGGAAGUGCGUACAAUCUCGCCAGCGCUGCGCUCCAGCCACUCUCUGGGAAAUUCUAUACCUACUUCAAUACCAAAUGGACUUUUCUUGGCUUCCUGCUGCUAUUCCUUCUUGGAUCCCUCGUGUGCGGCCUCGCUACGUCGUCCACCAUGUUCAUUGUCGGCCGCGCCAUCGCCGGCCUCGGAAGCGCCGGCCUGCAAAACGGCGCCAUGACAAUCAUUGUCGCCGCUGCGCCGCUCGGAAGGCGGCCGGCCUUGAUGGGCAUGUCGAUGGGAGGCUGUCAGAUGGGCCUGGCGGCCGGACCCUUGGUUGGAGGGGCCUUGACCCAGUACACAACCUGGCCUCAAAAAGUCGGCUAUUACCUGCCCUUCUCCAUCGUGAGCGCCGCCAUCCUAGCAAUCGGUUACGGGCUCAUGACCACCUUCUCGCCGGAAACCGAGACGGCCAAGUGGGUGGUCUACCAAACCAUCGUCGGAGUCGGCCGGGGCCUCGGCAUGCAGAUCGCCCUGAUCGCCAUCCAGGCCAACACGGCCCCGGAUUUCAUCGCCAUCGCUACAGCCACGCUGGUCUUUUGCCAGACCUUUGGCGGGGCGAUAUUCAUCGCUGUCGCCAACUCCAUCUUCAACAACACGCUCAAGAACGAGCUCACGGACCGCGUGCCGGCCAUGGACGCCCAGGUCAUAGUCGAUGCGGGAGCCACGGGCUUGAGGGCGGUGGCUGAGGGGGGAGAUGUUACCGGCGUUCUCAUGUCCUACUCCAAAGGGGUGGAUGCCGUCUUCUACGUCGUCAUUGCUACGUCGUUGUGCAUACCACGCAACCGCCAGCAACGCGAUGCCCCCGGCAAGCACACAAGCUCGCCGGCAACCCCCCAGCAGGCCGCCGGCACGGUCCCCACGGCCCAGCAAGUCGUGCCAGGCGCCGGUGUCUUCAUCGUGCUCAAGGAGGACCAGCCGAGCGGCCGCCAAACGCCCGGGACCGUUCAGAGCGUGCUCACGCGCGGGAACCACCCCCGCGGGAUCAAGGUGCGGCUCCGCGGGGGGAUGGUUGGCAGAGUGCAGCGCAUGAGCGGCGAGGCUGGCACGGAAGCAGCUGAGGCGGUGGCGGCGGCGGUGGGUGUUGGGACUGGCAAUGUGCCCGCGAGCAGCUCGAGGCCUCUCUGCAGAGACAUUCGUCUCCUAGAUGGCCUCGGUGGGUAUCCAGAUGAGCCGCCGGAGAGGACCUUGGCCGACUUCAUGCCCGUUGUGGACAACGGCUUGCAGAGCUCGCCUCAUGAUGACCACGGAACUGGGAGCCAGGGCACGGUGACUUGUCCCGUCUGCGAAGCUUUCCAAGGGGACGAGGCGGCGGUCACGCACCACAUCGAACGAGACCACUUUUCCUGA